AUAAAAAUAUUACAGAGAAUAACUAUGAACCAAAUAUACUAAAUAUAAGUCAUGAAGAAUUAAGUAAAGAACCUAAUAAAUCUGUGGAUAAUGAAAAUAAUAAAAUUUUAGAAUUAACUCCUUUGAAAGAAUUUGGCUAA